GUGCCUCGAACGCGGACCCAACCGGUUGUGGAUUGUCUUUAGUCCUGUAACUUACAACGAGUUUUUACUGUUUAUUUCAAUCGUUCUGUUGGAUAAUUUUACUUUCGAAGUAUAGUGCUUUUUGCCAUCCGGCUUAGCGUUUGUUAAAGAUCUAUUUCACUACGUGCCUGUUUAGUAAAUUCGCGCAUUGUUUGUGGUGCACGCGUGUAGCUGAACGGUUUUGUGUGCGCGGCGGUACUAAACUAACGAACUUUUGGAAAUACCACAGCUGUUCGGUGUAUAUCCUCUUAUUGUUGUGACGGGAAUUUAUCGUUUUGCGAAAGUUUUUACCAUCAACAAUCAAAGUAUCGGUGUGUUUUCGGUUUCAAUCACCCAAGACAGGGUGAAUAGUGUAGUGCUGUAACAAGAUAACAACGCAAACACCCGGUUUGUGUGCACAACAGUGACUUGCCAACGAUCAACACAACCAACAGUACGUGCGGCUGAAACUACUGGAGCGGCUAAAACGACCACGCUCAAUGGCUCGGGGCGACGCUGGACUCGAGUACAUGUUUAAGUUCGGUUAUACGAUCGUGCUUGUCACGGUCGCCAUCAUGAUUUGGGCGUCAUUAGCUCGGGCCCGUGAAAUCGACACGCAGAAUCACCCGCCAUGUGCAUUCAACCCGUUGUGCUCCUGCUCCAAGAGUGCUCCGGAUCUGGGUAUCGUCAAUUGCCGUGAAGUGUUGUUUCCUGCCGUACCUAAAGUCAUCAAUAGUUCCAAGGUAUUGCCGACGGGUUGGUUCCGUACUGCAGCCAUAUCCUACUUACAUGCCCUUACAUUACCCUUACAGCUGUUUAUGCUGACAAUGGACAGGACGGGUUUGCGGGAGCUGGAACCAUAUUUCCUGCAGUCGACCGGUUUAUAUCGGCUGGAAAUUACCAACAAUCCACUUACGGAGCUACCGGACGAGGCGUUCUACGGAUUGGAGCGUUCACUCUGGGAGCUAGUGCUGGAACAUAACCAGCUGAUAGACAUACCUUCCCGUACUAUUCGUGAUCUGCGCAAGCUGCGUUUGUUGAGUUUGCGGGACAAUGACAUUACCACGGUCGCAACGGACGCCUUCCGGGGUGUGGAGAGCACCCUGCAAACUUUGAUACUGGCCGACAACUCUAUAACACAGCUUGCACCAAGCACUCUCGCUGGCUUGCCAAACCUCGAGACACUCGAUCUGUCCGGCAAUGGGUUGAUGCAGCUAGACGCGAAUGUUUUUCGUGAUGGGCUGGGCAAGCUGACGAAGCUGCUGUUAGCGGACAAUCUACUGCAACACGUCCCGUACGAUGCGGUGAGCGUGCUAAGCCGUCUGCGUACACUCGAUCUUUCCCGCAAUCGUUUACAGGAUCUGUCACUGGAUGAUGAUGAACAACAGGGUCCGGGUAUGCCCGGUGGUAACUUCCGCCUGACAUUAGAUUCGCUGAAUUUGAGCUACAACGAAAUGGAAACACUGCCGGCGGCAUCGUUCACACAGUUUGACACAGCGAACGUGACGGUAUUGGACGGUAAUCCGCUCAGCAUGAUCGAGGACAAUGCGUUCCGUUCGGCAAAGAUACGUGAACUGUAUGUACGGCACUGCGAUCUUGAUCAUGUACAGCCGGAAGCAUUCUCAGGGCUGGAGAACUACCUGCAGGUGCUCGACUUGUCCGGUAACAAUCUGACCGAGGUCGCCGACAAUCUGUUCCGUGGGUUCGAUAAUUUACGAUACCUUAACAUCAAAGACAACCUGUUACGUCAUCCAGAUCAACGGAAUGCAUCCCCAUUCGCCCGGUUAAACCUGCACCGGCUGGAGGCAGUCGGUCAGCGGAACCAACCAGUCACGCUGGCAGACCUGGGCAGUAUGCGAAACCUGCGCUCUCUUACCAUCUCCAACCUUCCAUCGACUAACCUAGGUCCUGACGAUUUCAUCAACUUUAGCCCGGAGUUGGAAGAGCUUCGUCUAAACAGAGCUGCUCUGAAAGUGAUCAAAUCACACGCCUUUACGCAUGUUCGUGGUCUCAAACGACUCGAUCUAAGCGAAAACCGUAUUGACUCAAUCGAACCAGACGCAUUCACCGACGUCGGACAUUCGCUUGUGUCGCUCCGUGCGUCCCAUGGGCUCGGUUCGCAGCUGGUCGUAUUUCCGAUCGAAGCGUUCCGCAAGCUAACCGCACUGGAGGCACUCGAUCUGAGCAACAAUCGGUUGAAGGCGGUUGGUGAUACCAGUUUUCAUCUGCUCCGCAACCUUGUCAGUCUCGAGCUGCACGACAAUCAGAUCGAUACGCUUGCCAAAGGUACGUUCCAGGCGGACAUCCACACGAAGCUGAUGAUGAUUUCGCUGAGCUACAACAACAUUAAGCAACUGUUUUCACACACGUUCGUUGAUCUGGAGGAACUGGAGGCGCUACUGCUGGAGGACAAUCGGAUUGAAACGAUUGAAAAGCGUACCUUUAUGAACCUGAGCAAUUUGAAGCUGAUCAAUCUGCGGGGAAAUCGGCUGAACAAGAUUGCAGAUGAGGCGUUUCAGAAUUUGCCGGAACUGGAGAAGCUGGACCUAGCAUACAAUUCUCUGACAGCGUUCGAUUUCAUGUAUCUGGAUCAGGUUGGUUCACUAACUUCGCUGGAGGUAGAUGUGAGUUAUAACAAGAUAAAAACGUUGGGUAUGGUUGAAAACGCCACUGAAACGUCUGGUCAUGGAAACCGGGAGCAGCAGCAGCAGCAGCAACAACAACAACAUCAACCCAUUAUACACUCCAACAUACGUUCACUCGACUUUACCAGCAAUAACAUCUCCCGAAUCAUGCCCGGCUAUUUCCGUCCUACCGAGCUAUCGCUAAUGAAGCUAGUACUUCGUGACAACAAGCUCAGCACGAUUACGCGCGAAUUGUUCGGCAAUAUGCCACAUCUGCAUUGGCUCGAUUUAGCCGACAACGAGAUAACAGACCUGGAAUAUGACACGCUGCGUACUACGCGCAAACUGCAGGUACUGAUGCUUUCCCACAACUUGCUGACGGAAAUACCCGCCGAGCUGUUUCGCAACGUGAACAGUUUGCGUGUGCUGGAGCUAGCGCACAACAGCUUGAAGUAUCUGCCGGAUAAUCUGCUGCUGAGCGAAGGUCUGGAACGGCUAGAUGUAUCGCACAAUCAGUUUACGAAGAUACCCGUUACUGCGCUAUCCAACAUGGCAGCGCUUUCCUUGUGCGAGUUGGACCUAAGCCACAACCAUAUCGGAGCCAUCCACAGUAUCGAUCUGAGCAAUAAAUUUCGCUCACUGUCCUGGUUGGAUCUGUCGCACAACCGGCUCGUACGGCUGGAAGAUGCAGCCUUCGCUACACUGCCGCGACUCUCCGUACUCAACCUAUCCCACAACGAUGAGUUGGAAGUAAUGGGCAAAGCAUUUGUCGGGUUAGAAAACAGUCUGAUCGAGUUACAAUUGGCCAAUGUUUCGCUCAGCUCCGUACCAGAGCUGUCCAAUCCUUCGUUGCGUGCACUGAAAAUCUCUCACAACGAUCUGCCCUCGAUUCCACCAGAGCUGGCCGCGAACAUGACGUCCCUGAGGGAAUUGGACCUGUCGGAAAAUGAUCUUACCAGCGUUCCACUGAUAACGCACUCACUACCGAACCUGAAACAUCUUUCCCUCUCGGGUAAUCCUAUCACAACAUUGUCCAACACGAGUUUGCUAGGAGCUGCGGACACGCUGGAACAUUUGGACAUAGCCAAUCUUAACCUGCACUCUAUCGAGACAGGGGUGCUGAACAAACUGCACUAUCUGCGCUCGCUUAGAGUAUCAACUUUCCCGGCGCUUCCCAACUUUAACAUCCCUCGCAUACUGGAGAAUGCAAAUAACCUACGCGAUCUUUGGAUAGAAGCUGCGAAACCACCUUCCGCUUCCGGUGCAGUCGCGGGAAGCACCGGAUCUACAACGAAGGCGUCGAAGCCCAUCGCUGUGGUAGCUACUGAUUUGCGCCGCGAAAUGGACGGAUUACUACCCCACAAAUUGCAAAGCAUUACAUUCGGCGGUACUGGCUUUAGCAGGCUUUCCGAUAACGUGCUGAAGGGUGUCCGUUCGGCUACGUUACACUUCCGUCUGCACAACACCUCACUAGUCGCACUGCCCGGCAAUCUGUUCCGCCAUAUGGGCAAACCCGUACGAAACGUAACCGUAACGAUUGACGAUGACAACGAUCUACUGCAAAGCGUACCUAACCCAAAUACGGCCCAUUAUCUUGCCCUUCCGGAGCACGUCUUCUUGACCGAGCUGCAGAUCGGUGGCAGCAUGUUGAACUGCGACUGUGAGAUAGGUUGGAUCGAAUUCUGGCAGCGGAAACGGCGUCAGUAUCUGUGUCCCGCCAAUCCGUGGACCGAGACGAGUCUGACCAACUACUUUAAGCACACCACUCCGUUGGCGUACGCAAAGGGUUCCGACUGUGGCGAUUCGGCCAACGAGCUGCGUCAGGCUCGGUGCAGCAACAAGAACAACGAUCUGCUGCUGGAGGUGUUGAAGAAGGAUCUGGAGUGUGGCUGGGGCAGUACGGGCAACCGAUUGGGCAUCGUACCAGCGAUCGCAUUCGUGCUCGUGUUUAUCGUACUACUCAUCUGACUCAUGCGCUAUCUGUUCCGAAUGUACAGCGAAUUUUAUGACUACCUCGAGCAGCUCUACAGUGAACAGGCGAUCGGUGGAAACGGUUCCACCGUUGUGGGCAGCUACCUAGACGAUGGCUGCGAUUACAGCAGUGAGCUGGAUAUAGAGCUUGAGGAGCUGUAAAUGGACCCCAUCAUCAUCAGCUUGCAUUUAUGCCGUUUGGUUGUUAAUCUAACAAAUACAUACAGCGAAAAAAUAUGUUCAACGUUCACACGCGCACGUGUUUGCCUGUUUGCCAUUGCAAAUAUAAAAAGUUUUAUUUGUUGUUGUUUUGUUUUAGUUUGAUGCAAUUACAAAAACAGGAUGAAAGGAAGUGGUCGGUCCUUUGGAUGAUUGCGAUUGCACCAAGGUUUAGUUUUCCGUUACUCAGGUAUCUUUAUCAACUGACUGCCGUAAACUUUAAGUGUAAGAAACAUUACAUUGUCACUGUUUCGCGUUAUAUCUCGCCCUUCAUACUUAUUUAUUCGUAAAUCAAACAGUAGAUUUGUCGUUUCUCGUUCAUUUCACGCGUUGCUGGGUUGUGUAAAUGUAAAAGAGCAUAGCUUGUAAGACCAUUAUUGUUGCGGAACCUUUAAUAAAGCUUUGCCAAAUGAGUUUAUGUUGAA